GCCCUGUACUUCUGAUAUUUUUCAGGGAAUCAUGCAGUUCCAUAUUUUUGAAACUCACUGGGGGAAAUAGUAAAAGUGCUCCUUCAAUGUUUCAUAAAGUUUGGGACCUGUCUAGAUCAAUGUAAGUCAGAAUCAGCACAUCACAUACACACACACACACACUUGCACCCUACAUCUCAGCCCCAAGGUUGCAUAUCCCCUCUUCUUUCCUUCUUUGCCUCCAAUCCCUCUGCCUCCAUAUCAACUCCUUAGGACAAUCCUGUGACACGGGGCCAUGGGAAGUGCAGGGCUACCCCUGGGAAGGUUAACAGAGAGGCAGUGCUGAGCCAGGAAGAUGAGGAUACAAUACUUGCUUGCUUGCACACUUUGCCUGUUUCUCAGAUAGGCUCUAUGCUGGGCAGAGAAGGCACUUGAUGAAAGUGAAUGGACCUUGCAAGGGGCUGGAGACUGAGUUUGUAGGCUGGACACAUUUGAUGCUUCUUUCAGGCACCCAACAUUGCCAGGCAGGGCUCUGCUUUGAAGCAAAUCCCACUGAAUUCAGUGGCGAGAUUCCCCUGUGCACCAAAAGCAAAGGUACAUAGAAGGCAACAGCCUUAAAAAUAAUAAUAAAUUUUAAAAAGCCAGUCUUUAACAGGCCGGGAAUAUGUCCUUUUGCAUUCAGUGGGACUCUCACCCUUAAACUCUUUAUCUACCAGCCCGACUUUAACAACUGGGAAUAAGAUUUCCUGACUUCACUCCUCCGCGCGUGACAGCUGUCUCGAAAAAGCAUCGAGGUUGACGAACGGCUCCUUUCUAACAACGCCUGUGACUUCCAAGGUGACUCAUCGGUGACUAUCCACAGGGAGCAAAUGGUUGUUUGUGAGUUACUCCGAAUUCAAACAAUGAAGAGUCACGUACAGCCUCACUUCUGUUUCGCUUCUGGUUACCAAAAGAAAAAAGAAAAGAACCUUCCUGGAAAUAGUGACUCCGAAUUAAGUAACUCGGAGAAGAAAUGUAUCUUUCACUGCCAAGUAAAGCGGAGUAGAAAGCCACCCUCUCCAAAACGGAGCGCAAAAUGACCAAAGGAAGCGCCGAGCUCGCCCUGCCGAAGAGCCACGAACUGCUGGAGAGAGAGAUGUUCACCUAUUCCCACAGAGCCCGGGAGUUUUUGCUUCCUCACAGGACGAGCCAGACUUUCCGGACGGCGCAGCGGCUGCUUUCCCGAAAGCAGGAGGAGGCGGUGUCUCCUCUGGAGCUGAGCCACCAUCGCCACCUCCCCCUCCUCCUCUCCUCUGGGUGCCGGCUGGAAGGGGAGAGGGUGGAGAGGUGGUGGUUGUUCCCCCACCGCAAGGCGGGGCAGCCGUCGAAGGCUCUUCUUCCUUCCCUCGCCGCCUCAGUCGCCAUUGGCGCGCGGAUCGCCCGUCGCUUGGCUUCUGGUUUUCUGCCUGCGUGUGUGGUUUGAUGCAAAAUAAUAAUACUCCUGGUAUUUCUCUGCCCUACAACGGAUCGCCUGGGUUGCAAACUGGGAAACGGCCACUCUUUUUUCCCCUUCGAAGGCGGCUUGGUUCCGAUGGAUAGUUCUCGGGGCCGCCCGGGCGGAGGCCUGGAAGGAAGACGCGCUCCCCGCCAGACGAAACUUGCCUCGGAACCGCGGAAAGUUUGGCCUCUGUCACCGGCCGUCCUCUGAAUUUUCGGCGCGCCGAGGGUGAAGAAGGCUAGCCGGAGAGACUCCGGCCGGAGGCUUCUGUGAAGCGCGGGUGGGCGCGGAGAGGGUCGCGGGGUGGCCUGAGAGAGAUGAAAGCUCUGGGUGUCGGCCAGCGGAGUCGGGCCCGGUAGGAGAAGGCCAAGCGAGAGGGGCGCGAGCUGUAAAGUUAGGGGAGGCAGAAACUGGGCGAGGCAAAGGCCGCUUGGAGGGCAGGAGGUGAUGCAGAGGGAGAAGCGGGACCGCGGCUGAGGAAAACUGGUGGGGGCCGGCUGGGGAGGCCUCCGCCUGUCUGCUCCAAAACACUAGGGGUGGAGGCUGAGGUGGCGUCUUAAAGUGUGCACCCCUUGGGUGACGCGGAGGGAGGGCCUCCUGGACGUCUCCCGUGGCGACCGAGGACACUCGACUAACCCUAGGCUGGAGAAGCGCCCCGGCUUGAUGGCUGCUGACCCCGGCAUGAGGGGCACCGGCGGCCGCUCCAGCCCCAGCAACAUCAGCUACACGCUCCCCACCAUCUCCUCCAACAAGCUUCCGGACCUGCGCUUCAUUAGCCGGGGAGCCUAUGGCACCGUCUCCUCCGCGCGGCACGCGGACUGGCGCGUCCCCGUGGCCGUCAAGUGCCUGCAGGGGCCUCUGCUAGACAGCGAGAGAGCCAAUCUUUUAAAAGAAGCAGAAAUUUUACACCAGGCAAGGUUCAGUUACAUUCUGCCAAUUCUGGGAAUUUGCAAUGAACCUGAAUUUCUGGGCAUUGUGACAGAAUAUAUGCCAAAUGGGUCCCUGAAUGAACUCUUACACGGUAAAAAUGUGUAUCCUGACCUUGCUUGGUCGCUGAGGUUUCGCAUGCUUUAUGAAAUUGCCUUGGGAGUGAACUACCUUCACAACAUGACUCCUCCACUCCUGCACCACGAUUUGAAGACCCAGAAUAUUUUGCUUGACAGUGACUUUCAUGUUAAGAUUGCAGAUUUUGGGUUAUCAAAAUGGCGCAUGAUAUCCAUGUCACUAUCACGGAGUGAGAAAUCUAUGCCUGAAGGAGGUACUAUUAUCUACAUGCCUCCUGAAGAUUAUGAUGGCAGUCAAAAAUCACGUGCAAGUGUAAAACAUGACAUAUACAGUUAUGCCAUUAUUAUGUGGGAAGUAAUGUCAAGAAAACAACCAUUUGAAGAUGUUAUAAACCCCUUGCAGAUUAUGUAUAGUGUGUCUCAAGGAAGGCGUCCAAACACCGGCGAAGAAUAUUUGCCCUUUGAUAUUCCACACCGAGGAUUGAUGGUAUCAUUAAUGGAAUCUGGCUGGGCACAAAAUCCAGAUGAAAGGCCUUCUUUUUCAAAAUGCUUAAUCGAGCUUGAACCUGUGUUGAGAAAUUUUGAUGAGAUACCUAUGCUUCAGGCAGUGAUACAGUUAAAGAAGGCCAAAUCUCAUUAUGAAUGGCGAUGUCUACACUUGUCUAGCAGCACAUCAAAUGAUGAGUCAAUGUCUCUAAAUAUACCAUUAAAUCAUAGUCUACAAGAGGAAAACCGUGAUUCUUCAUCCCAAAGUGACGGACAUUCUCAGGUUCUACAAAGUAUAUCAAGACAAUACAAUAUCCUUUCAGGAGGUAGUGAUGACUCAUUAGGUGAACCACGCUCAUUACACAGCAUCACUGAACUGUGUCAGAAUACUCUACCUAAUGCAUCUUUCCAGAGUUCUUCCUCAUCAAACAGAAGUAGUUCUAAUUCAUCAAACUCGGCACCACACACACUUCAGCCAGCAGGAAACAAUUCAGAUUUUACAUUGAAAACUGUGCCACAACAUGGGCUGGCUGUAGCUCACCAGUGGAUUCAGAACAAAAGAGAAGAAAUAGUCAACCAGAUGACAGAAGCUUGUCUGAACCAGUCUUUGGAUGCCCUCCUUGCACGAGAUUUAAUCAUGAGAGAGGACUAUGAACUCAUCAGCACCAAACCUACAAGGACCUCAAAAGUCAGGCAGCUGCUUGAUACUAGUGAUAGCCAAGGAGAAGAAGUUGCUAGAGUUAUCGUACAAAAACUAAAAGACAAUAAACAGCUGGGGCUUCAGCCUUAUCCAGAUAUAUCUGCCACAUAUAGAGCCUCAUCUUUGAGAUGAUAAAUGUCAGUAUAAAGAACUCACAAUGGUUUCUUUAAAAUUCAGCUUUUGUUUUUGAAAUGUCAUCUUGCAUUACUGCCAUAUUGCUCUAGACUGAUGUGCUCAGAAGAGCUGUGGUAAGUGAGAGGAUUACAUGGCAACCUUGUCCUUUUUGAAGAAAAAAAUAUGAACUAUUUUUACUCCAUGCACUUGAAGUUUCAUCACUGGAUGCAAUGAGUAUAAUGUGGAUCUGUUAGAAGAGGGAAACUAUAAAACAUGGUGCAUAGGGAAAA